AUGACCUGCUUCCUUGCUAUCAAAGUUUCUCCAUCACCAAUCUCUUCUAGGUACGAAUCCCUCAAACAGAAACCACCAUCUGAAUCGAUCGGCUCUAAUACCACUUGUCACGGGAUGAGCGAAUGGCGCGGCGUGGCGGAAGCGAAACACAAAUUUCGCCACUCAAAGCACACCCGUGAGGCUCAGGAUCCCUUCGGAUCCCAGUCAGCCUUCUCUCACUUUAUGAUAUUCAUGACUCUCACAACUCCGCGAGAGGUUCCCCUUCAAGUGUCGUCUCCCACUAGACAACAAGUCACACUACCUUGUGACAAUACAAUCACUCCGUAUCCGGCAACGAACCCUCGACGCCCAUACAUCAAUCGUUGCAUAAGACACGUCAACUGCAUCGACCACGUCGCAUGCUUAACUCCUGGCUCUCUUAUGUCCAAGUCAAGACAUAGCGAUCCAACACACCAUCGGUUUACCCACACUUCUGUCAGUCAUUCCUUUAGCGUCCACGAUAGUCCAUAUCCUCAAGCUAUACAAAUGUCCCAACGGAGUCACGGUAGCACUUGUCUUUGUGCGACCCGUGACAAAAGGCAGAGAUACUGUUUAUUGAUCAAAGCUGUACUUGCAGUUCUGUAUACUGUUGCCAGCACUUUCCAACCGUUACCUCAAGACAUUUAUCGCUAUGAUUUGAAGGACCCUUUCAGUCUACAGAAGGGGUGGCUUUUGUGGGCAGAGAUUGGUCUUACUGGUGCAAUAGCUGCCAUCGCAGUGACAGGGGCUGCAGCGUCCUUGUUCAAGGGGGAGAGCCUAGAGAGAGAGGAGGACGCUCUAGUUAGCUUAUUUCCACUGAUUGGAUCUUCAAGUGUCAGGCACUUUACAAGCACUGCUUGCUUGUUGGGUGUCACUGGAGUUUUGGCUCCGAUUCUUGAGGAAACUAAGUUUAAACUAGUGUGUUGGAAAGUGGAGGCUGGAUUAACUAGUAAUCUGCCACCCAGGGUACCUACUCCAGUUGCUAUUGGAAUAAGUGCAGUUGUAUUUGCACUUGCACAUCUCACUCCGGAAGAGUUUCCCAGUUGUUUGUGA